AUGAAAUUGUCCUCUUUGCCCAACUUCUAUCCGCAAAAGUUUAGCAGCUCAGGGCUCUACUUUCAUCGAUGGUUGCUAAUCGCGUUCUUCUUUUUCUUCAUCGUCGCACAUGUUUCCGGACAGUCUCUCGAUAGAGACUAUAAAGAGUUCAGAGAGCGCAGGGAGAAGAUGAAAUCCGCCAGUCCGAAUGUGGACCAAUCGAUCCUCAGAGUGAUUGAAGGCGCCAUUCUAGCGGCGUUAAUUCGCAACUGUCCACAACGCAAGUUCACAGACGCCGUCUGCAAAGAUGCCGGCAUGUGGAUUGGUAGGGUCGCAUUCAACAAACUAUACACUAUUUCCUGCACUUUCUUACCUGCGCAGGCUGCGAGCUAG